AUGCUGCUUUUAAUCGCGUGCCUAUUCGCGGCGUCGGCCGCGGCGCCCGCCACUUACGACCAGCGGCAGGACGGCGACUUCAACGUGCUCGCCGACGUGCAGAACGUGGUGUUCCUCAUAGCGGUGCCGCAGAAGAUGUCGUUGCCCGCCAGCCUGCUCGACGGCAUCUUGAAGCGGUCGAAGCAGGCGGGCGAUGACGCCCUGGAGCGCUCCGACGUACAGCCGAUGGGGGCAUUCGUGGAGCCGGACACGCCUUACCAGGUGGAGAUUGGCACGGGCGAGCGUUCGGCGGGCGCGGACGGGCGGGCGGUGGAGGUCGUGAUCUCCGGCCGCCGCCGCCUGGAGACCGAGCCGCCUGAGCGCGACGAGUACAAGCUCCUCGGCGCCACGGAACAGUGUGGCCCUGACCGCGAGAGGGACCCCGUGACGCUCACGUGUCGCGCCCGCGUCCAGCCGGCCGAAGCCGCGCCGGAGAAAGCCCCCGAAGUUCUUCCCGCCGCCGCG